UUAAAGGGAGAGCCAGGGAUUCCCGGUAAAAAAGGAAAAGCAGGUCAACCUGGAGUUGACGGGGGACCUCCAGGUACAACAGGAACACCAGGAUUGCCAGGUAAUCCUGGAAAACAAGGACCAAAAGGUGAAAAAGGUGACCAGGGUAUUGAAGGUCCUGUGGGAAUUCCUGGUUUUCCGGGAGAACCAGGAUCAUCUUCAGAAUGCCACACAUGCAGAGGAGACCCUGGUUAUCCUGGUAAAAUGGGUUUUCAAGGAGACCCUGGAUUUCCUGGAGAACCUGGUCUUAAAGGAGACAAAGGUGACGUUGGUAAUCAAGGAAUUCCUGGUCCUCAAGGAAUUGAAGGUCUUCCAGGAAUGCCAGGAGAACCUGCAACAGGAUUUAUUGAGGGGUCACCAGGUCCACCCGGUCCACCAGGUCCUCCUGGAAGAAAAGGUUCCAUAGGACCCAUGGGCUAUCAAGGUUCCAUGGGCCCGCCAGGAGAAGUAGGAAUGAAAGGGAAUAAAGGAGAUAUGGGAAUUCCAGGAGAACAGGGCAUUCAAGGGCAAAAAGGCGAACCAGGUGAUCACGGUCCUCAAGGAAGGGAUGGCCAAGCUGGAAUCCCUGGAGAACCUGGUCUACCUGGUCGAAACGGCACCCCUGGUGAAAAAGGUUCUCAAGGAACAAAAGGAGACAUGGGACCAAUCGGAGCAAGGGGCCCGCGUGGAUUCAUGGGACAGCCAGGUUUCAAAGGAGAAAAAGGAGACAGAGGUUCAAGAGGUCCAGACGGAAGGCAAGGAACUAAAGGUGAAAAAGGCAACCAGGGAAUUCCAGGUUUAGACGCCCCAUGCCCGAUCGGGAUGGAUGGUCUUCCUCUUCCGGGAUGUGAUUGGAAGAUUGCAAACAUUGAGCAGGUUAAUGAAGACGACAUGGACAACGAAAUUCGUUGAUCCUCCCAGUCCACUUUUGUUCAUGUAGUUUUAAUGUAACCUUUGUUCCAUGUAAAAACUGGAAAAUUGUUCAAAAUUGCGAUAAUGGAAAUUUUGUAAAAUUUGUUGUUAUUAAUCGUUGAAGUUUCAAAUUUUUCAUUGGUAGACAACAAGAUAACACGUCAAGUUGUACAUUUCUCAUUAUAUAACUUUUUAUGGUGUAAACAUUUAAACGUUUACAUCAAGACAAGAUCGUAAUGCCAUCUUAAUAAGUUUGUAAUUCUGGGUAUUAUUCAACGAUAACAUGCCUUACAAUACUGAAAAUUUAUCUCUCUUUCUUUUUCUCUCUCACUCUCACUCGCGCUCUUUCCCUCUCUCUGUCUCUCUCUCUCCUAUUUUUCUUUCUCUGUGUGUGUGUUUCUAUUUUUCUUCUUUCUCGUGUAUAUUAUGUUAGAUUUCUUAAAACUUGUAAAAAUAUUUUCAUAGGAAUAUUAAGCGUAGAUGAUACAAUGAAUGUCGUGGAAUAAUUCUUAAAUGUUUCAAGGACAUGAAACUCCACUCACAAUUAUUU